AACUCACACACUUUACUAGACCUUCUCUGGGAACAGAACCAAAUUAACUGUAAAAAUUUGAAAUUCCAAAUUAAAAAAAAUAGCUCGGGCUAAAAAAUGUUUAGACGAACUGUUUUAACUUUAGGUAACAACACUCCAGUUCACGCCCAACGCUAUUUCCGUUCAUGUAAUUGUUAUUCUCAGUCUAAAGUAACGUUCAAAUGUAGGCCUCUCGGCUGUAAUGGUUUUCUUCAAAAAUUUGUAAGGCCUAAAGUUUUAGCACAGAAUUUUAGUAUUGCUCAUAAUAAGAAUGAAAUCAGAAUAACCCAAAAAUUAAAAAAUGGGCUUUCGGCAACGCUUAAGAUAAAAUCUCGUAGGCUCAGUACGGUAUCGCCCGAUGUAAACGAAGCAACCUGCCAAGGUCAAACAGAUAAGUUAAAGGAACAAUGUAAGACGUUGGCACAAAAACUCCGUAAGGCUUGUCAGAAGCUUGUCGAAGAAGAUCUGAAAGAAAAGAAGCUAAAAAGAGCUACAGCCAAUGCAGAAGUCAAAACAAAUAGCGCCAAGGAUAUAUCGGAUAAAUUAACCAGAAUACAGCACUUAAAACAAAAAUGCGACCAAAUGGCCAAAAAAGCAAAUGGCGAAAAAUUAGCGAAGAUUCAAGAGCUUAAAGCCAAAUGCGAUAAAUUGGUUAAAGCGGAAAAGCUCAAAAAACAAUGUAAUAAAUUGGCCCAAAAACAGAAGUGCACAAAAAAAGCUAGGCAAGAAAAGUUAAGGACUCUCAAAAAGCAAUGUAAAAAAAUGGCUAAGCAAGCAAUGUGUAAAUCUAGUGGAAGUUCUAAAUCUGCCAAUCGCAACCUUCAAAAACAAUGCAAAGCGAUGGCAGAAAAAGCCAUGUGUGCUAAAAUGGCCAAAGGUGGUAAAGGUGGUAAAGGUGGUAAAGGAGGCAAAGGAGGCAAGGGCGGUAAAUCUAAACUAAAAAAACAAUGUAAAGAAUUGGCCGAAAAAGCAAAGUGUACUAAAUUAGCAAAGAAAAGCAAGCAAGCCAAACUAAAGAAGCAAUGUAAAGCACUGGCCCAAAAAGCAAAGUGUGCUAAAUUAGCAAAGAAAAGCAAGAAAGGUAAAGGAGGAAAACGAUGCAAAGGGGAGUGCGAUUCAAUGCCCGAUUCAAUCCAAAGGAAUAAAAAAUGCAAAGGGGAGUGCGAUUCAAUGCCCGAUUCAAUCCAAAGAAAUAAAAAAUGCAAAGGGGAGUGCGAUUCAAUGCCCGAUACAAUCCAAAAGAAAAAGAAAAGCAAAGGGGGUGGUAAGGGCGCUGCCAAACUAAAAAAGAAAUGUAAGGCACUGGCCCAAAAAGCAAAGUGUGCUAAAUUAGCAAAGAAAGGCAAGAAAGAAAAAGAAAAGCAAAGGUAA